AUGACUCUUCGAACCGUGGCGAUUGCCGGCGCGACGGGCAACCUCGGGGGCAAGGUCACCAGGGCCUUCUUGCGACCAGAAAACGGCGCCAGAUUCCGAGACGUCGUCGCCCUCGUCCGAGCCGAGUCGAAUGCCACCGCAGGACUUGCCGCCGCCGGCGCCAAGCUGCGCGUCUACGACGAGGACAACCUCGCGGAAAGCCUGCAAGGCGUCGACGUCUUGAUCAGCCCCCGUGAGAAGCUCCUGCGGUGCCUGUCCUCGACGUCGGUGAGCCUGUACUUUCCGUCCGAGUUCGGCGUCAAUCACUACCUUCACGACUUCGCCCACGACGAGUGGGACAUGAAGAAGCGCCACUUCGAGCUCGCCAAGCAACUGAUUCCCGACAUUCGCCUCUGUCGCGUAUACGCCGGCCUCUUGCUCGAGGACUCCGUCGGCCCCUGGUUCGGCUUCGACACCAAACGCGGCCGGUACGAGGCGGUGGGCAGCCCGAGCCAGCGCACCUCGUACACCAGCAAGUCGGACGUUGGGCGGGCCCUGGCAAACUUGGCGUCCUUGCCCGCGGGCGAGGUCCCCGCGGAGGUGUACUUGAGCGGCGACAGCAAGAGUUUUCAAGAAAUCGCCGACAUCAUGAAGGCUCACGGGGCGGGAGACGUGGACGUGACGUCGGUGCCGCUGGCGCCGUACAAGGCCGAGGUGUUGACGAACCCGUCGCCGACGCCGGAGAGGUAUCUGCGCUUCCUGAUGGGAGAGGGCAAGAUCGACCACUCGGAGCAGGGACUGGGGAGCCAGACCGACGUGGUCUUGCGCGGAGGCCCCAUCGAAUGGACGCAAGUGAAGGACCUGGCCGCGGAGACGGGCGGCAAGCCAUGGGCCGACAGUGACUGGUGA